GCAAGAGGACGGCGCCACCGCCGCGGCCAGUUGUAAGCUGCAGCGCGCGGCGGCAGGAGGGAUAAGAGGUGGCGGUGGGGACAGAAGAUGGCCGAGUCCCCGGAGGAGGUAGCGGUUUUGGUGCAACGAGUAGUGAAGGACAUUAACAACGCCUUCAAGCGCAACCCCCACAUAGACGAAAUUGGAUUAAUUCCUUGUCCUGAAGCCAGAUAUAACCGGAGUCCAAUCAUCUUGGUAGAAAACAAACUUGGGGUAGAAAGCUGGUGUGUCAAGUUUCUCUUGCCAUAUGUCCAUAACAAACUAGUUCACUUUAGACAACGAAAGCAAUGGCUCAAUAAAGAAGAAUUGAUAGAUAUCACCUGUACAUUGCUGCUACUGAACCCAGAUUUCACUACUGCAUGGAAUGUAAGGAAAGAACUAAUACUAUCUGGCACUUUAAAUUCAGUUAAAGAUUUACAUCUUGGAAAAUUAGCAUUAACUAAAUUUCCAAAGAGUCCAGAAACAUGGAUUCAUAGACGAUGGGUGCUGCAGCGACUAAUGCAGGAGAAUUCUAUGCCUGCUCUUAUGACUAAAGGGCAUUUGGAAUCCGCACCCAUGGAAAGAAUACAGCAGUUAGUGAAAGAAGAAAUGGAUGUUUGCUGUGAAGCUGCUGGGAGAUAUCCAAGUAAUUAUAACGCCUGGUCCCAUCGCAUCUGGGUUUUACAGAACUUAGCAAACCUCAAUACAAAGAUUCUUCUUGAUGAACUUUCUUCCACUAAACACUGGGUUUCCAUGCAUGUUUCAGACCACAGUGGAUUCCACUACCGCCAGUUUUUGUUAAAAUCUUUGAUUGGCAGAACUGGGACUGAUUGCACUGUACGGAUGCAUAAUCAACAGGCUGCUCAGCAAGCACCCAGUCUUCCAGAAGAUGAACAAAAUGAUGAAGCAGGAGCUGCCUGCAUGGAGGAACAAUGGCCUGAUCAUCCUCUCCUUCUAAAGGAAGAAAUAGAGCUCUGCACUGAUUUAAUUAAUACUUACCCUGGGCAUGAAACCCUGUGGUGUCACAGGCGGCAUGUGUUCUACCUUCAGCACCACUUAAAGAACAAAUUUCCACAUCCAAGCAUCUGGUCAGCAGCUGCAGACGGCACUGAUGGAACACUGAAUAACUCACACCCUGGUGUUGCACAUGGUCCUGUGACCCAAGCUAUGGAUAUUGAUGGUGUGAUUGAAUCUAACAAGCAAGGCUACAUUCAAGAAACCAAACGUCUGAAACGUGCUCCUGUGCAGGACCCUGUCAGUCUGGAAGUAGAGUACAGGUUCAUCAAUCAAGUGUUAUCAACAUGUAGGGAGGCAGAGCAGGCAAGGUUCGCUGGUGCAUACAGAAAAUGGCUGGUUUCAUUUCUAGGCUUUCAAGUGAUGCUAUCCUAAAGUUCAAUUUAUUCUUGGGCAUCAGAACAGCAGGCAUGGG